UCCUUAAGCCCGUGGUCAGGUGACAGACUCAAGAUGGCUUUCCCCAAGCUGUCCCAUCUGCUACUGAGCGCGGCGCUCUUGCUAUGGCCUUCUGCUUCAGCAUCUUCCGCAGACGAGCCGCCGCCAGAGCCGCUGCCACUGGUCAUCUGGCACGGAAUGGGAGACAGCUGCUGUAACCCCUUGAGCAUGGGAGCCAUUAAAAAAAUGGUUGAAAAGAAAAUACCAGGAAUUUAUGUCUUAUCACUGAAGAUUGGGAAGACUCUGAUUGAAGAUGUGGAGAACAGCUUCUUCUUAAAUGUGAAUCACCAGGUGGCUCUCGUGUGCGAGAUGCUGGCCAAGGACCCCAAGCUGCAGCAAGGCUACAAUGCCAUGGGAUUCUCCCAAGGUGGCCAGUUCCUGAGGGCAGUGGCUCAGAGAUGUCCAUCACCUCCCAUGAUCAAUCUGAUUUCAGUGGGUGGACAGCAACAAGGUGUAUAUGGCCUUCCUCGGUGUCCAGGGGUGAGCUCUCAUAUUUGUGACUGGAUCAGGAAGACACUGAACAUGGGUGCCUAUGCCAAAGGCGUUCAGGAACGCUUGGUACAGGCAGAGUACUGGCAUGACCCCAUAAAGGAGGAUCUCUACCGGAACCAUAGCAUCUUCUUGGCCGACAUCAACCAGGAAAGGGGUAUUAAUGAAACCUACAGGAAGAGUCUGAUGGCCCUGAAGAAGUUUGUGAUGGUGAAAUUCCUCAAUGACUCCGUUGUUGACCCUGUGGAUUCAGAGUGGUUUGGAUUUUACCGAAGUGGUCAAGCCAAGGAGACCAUCCCCUUACAGGACACCGACCUGUACACACAGGACCGCCUGGGGCUUAAGGAAAUGGACAAAGGUGGCAAACUAGUCUUCCUGGCUACAGAGGGGGACCACCUUCAAUUUUCUGAGCAAUGGUUUUACACAAAUCUCCUUCCAUUCUUAACUGCCGUACAAUAAGAACUUUAGGCACCUUAGCAUUUCCAUAGCAACUGGAGGGGAAGGGGAGGGGGUGGGGGGUUGGGGGCUUCAAUCCAGACUGUAGCCUGUCCUUAGAUGCGACUAACACUUCACUCCUUUCCUUAUCUGACACUGUCUGGAGAUAGAUCCUCAUCUUAUCUGCUCACUACUCAGGCCUAAUCCCACUGCCAUAUGGUCAGGAGUCCAAGUUUCAUUAGCUAAUGAGUAUGAGGAUUGUUUUACAUGUCCUUGACAGUGGUCAGACCCAGUUCUAGGUUAGACUCUUUUGUGACAAAACCUGAAGCAAAAAGUUGCUGCAACUCCAAUAUGUACCCCCUCCCCCAUGACAUUCACAAGGCAGUCUGAACAGGGUUCUAGUGUAAUCCACUUGGAAAUAAUUGGUUUCUCUGGCAAAAUUUGAUUAAAUGAUCUGAAUUGUCUGGGUCUCGAUUUUGCCAGUGGAGCCAUGACCACAAGGGAGUGAGUUUCACUGGUGUAUUAUGGACUUCUUGGAGCCCUCAGAGACAUCCUACGAAUGGCCACCAAUGAAGUAAAACACCUUGUGUUGGGGAUGGGGUCCACAGGGAACACUUCCUGUUGUUAUGGUUCACAGUGGGAGGAUGCUAAUGGCUUUUGGCACCAAAGGUUAGGGUAAGAGACAAUAAUCCCUGGAGGAUUAGACCAAAUUAGUUUCCAAAAUCUGUCAUGUUUUCACAGCAUACCCAGAGUGAUUGCUAAACUGUUCUUCUCAGGGGGCAUCCAAGUAUUAUCUUUUUAGAAAUUCUGCUGUGUAUCACACCCUGGAGGUGGUGAAGCAGGCCUAGCAGUCAAUGGCUUAUCCCCAUGUUCCUGUUCCUUUUCUUGUAAAAGUUUUUGGUUUUACCAGAUUUUCUGAAAAAUAAAAAUACUUAUUUCUUA